AUGCAAACUGCUCCGGAAGAAUGCAAAGUCGUAAUUCAUACAUUGGAAUGGCUGAUACCGUACGUAAAGGUGUCGGAUCGAGGGAAGAUACAACUGCUGAGAUUCAUCGAGGGGGAUGCACCCAUCUCCGUGAGCUUUCGUACCUGGGAGCUGUACGAGUACCCUCUACUCCCCACCACUUCGAAACACGUAUGGACCGUCAAGACGUCGACUCAGUUGGAAAAACCACGAUACGUGAUACUGGGUUUUCAGACGAGCAGAAAGAAUAAGAAAAAUAAGAAUGCUAGCCACUUUGACCACUGCAACUUUGCUCUGCUGUACGAGAUGUAUGCAAACUUUCAACCUACGUACUAUGGCAAGGAUCCCGAACCAUUCCUGAGGCAGAAUGAAUUUCUCGAGUACGCUCCAUUGAUCGUUAUCGAUUGCUCCAAACAAAACGAGUCCCUCAAACUUAGACCUGUCAAUAUUCGUCUGGAAUUCGAGGCGCAAGACAAUUUCCCUGCCGAUACAUCGGCAUUCUGCCUGAUCCUGCACGAUCGUAUAGUCGAAUACAACCCGAUCAGUGGUGGGGUGAAUAAAUUGAAUGCAACUAAGAUCUAUGUAAAAGGAUUGGAGAAGAAAAUUUGGUUGGAACCUUUCAUUGGACGAUCCGAGCACAUCGUGGAUCUGGGAGAUCUGGGAUGUCCUUCGUUGCAAAAAUUGCGCAAUAACUCGUUUACUCGAU